CUUCAUCAGAGGAAUGUGCUCCUGAGAUGCUGCUGGGCCUGCUGUGUUCAUCCAGCUCCACACUUUGUUAUCUCGGAUUCUCCAGCAUCUGCAGUUCCCAUUAUCUCUGACCAGCGGAAGUGAGGUUUUUCUGAUGACGCUAGUUCCGGAUCCUGACGCACUAACAAUAAUAAUACAAGAUGUCGGCGGCUGAGGGAGAGAUAGAAACACUCGCUCGAGACAGACCUGUGGGAUCCGGGAGAGAAGGAGCUGCGGGAACCGGGGCACCUGGGGGAGAGGGGCCCGGAGCCGGCGGGCCCGGGGGAGAGGGGCCCGAAGCCGGGGGAGAAGGGGCCGGAGCCGGGGGAGAAGGGGCCGGGGCAGAAGGGCCGGGAGCCGGGGGAGAAGGGGCCGGGGCAGAAGGGCCGGGAGCCGGGGGAGAAGGGGCCGGGGCAGAAGGGCCGGGAGCCGGGGGAGAAGGGGCCGGGGCAGAAGGGCCCGGAGCCGGGGCACUCGGGGGUGAAGGGCCCGGAAACGGGCGAUUGGGGCCUGCUGGCGAGGGGCUUGGGAGAACGAGACUGGAAACUGGCGAACUAGGUAGAGGAGGACUCGGAGCCUGGGCAGAAGGUUCGGGCCCUGGAUUGGGGAGAGAGGGAGGGGGGGAAGGUUGGUCUUCAGCCCUGGGUGACGGUGCGGAUGUGCAGCGGAUUGAGGAGCUCUGGCGACGGCUGCUGUGUCGAUGUGAGCCGGCCCUGAUCUACCUGCAGAGCUUGUUGGUGUGGGAGCGGCCGCUACACAGCGGCCUGAUGCUGCUCGGCCUCUCCGGCCUAUUCUGGUUGUUUUCCUCUACCUCGCUACGCCCAGUCUUCCUGAUUAGCUUGUCAGUGCUGGCCACUGUAUUCCUGGACAAUUGGAAGACCGAGUUGUUAACCCACGUUGCUGUCCAUCGCCUCGUGGAUGAAGGUGAGAGUGAUGGAAACUCCAUAAGGCCUCGUCUCCUCAGGCUGCCUGACCUUUGCCGUUAUCUUGCUGAAAGCUGUGUGGCCUUUAAUGUCUACCUGAAGGAAGUUCUGGAGUACAAGAAACAGAACCCAGGCAAGUUCUGUUUGAAGAUGUGUCUUGGAUGCUCAGCACUGGCUGCGAUUGGACAUUAUAUCCCAGGAAUCAUGAUAUCCUACAUCUUCAUACUGAGCCUGCUUCUGUGGCCUUUGGUGGUUUACCACGAACUUAUUCAGAAAAUGUACACGGGGCUGGAGCCUGUCCUGAUGAAGCUGGACUACAGUAUGAAGGGUGGCACCCAGCACCGACAGAGGGACAGGAAGAGGAAACCAACAGUGAAACUGGAGAGCUGUGAUGAACCGAUGGCGGAGACUGAGAGUGAGAGUGAAGCUGAGCUUUCCUGCUUUAAUUCCAAGGUCGAUGUCAGGACAACCGCUCUGGCUUUGGCUAUCACCGACUCUGAGCUGUCAGAUGAAGAGGCUUCCAUUCUGGAAAGUGGAGGAUUCUCAAUGUCCCGGGGAGCAACUCCACAACUCACAGAUGUGUCAGAAGAUCUGGACCAGCAGAGCCUGCAUAGCGAACCAGAAGAAGCUUUUGCGAAAGACCUGCCCGAGUUUCCCUCGGUAGAGGACCUAUCUGGUGAUGUAAACCCCUCUCAGAUUUCGACAGAGCUGUCGCCAGAGACCUGUAGCACUCGGGACCCUCAAUCCUUCAUUCAGACACUGAGCUCCCCUCUGCACUUUGUAAAUACACAUUUCAAUGGGAACGGGGCAACCAUGAACACACCACAGACUGGCCAAGCCUCUGUUCUAAACUUGAGUCUCGAGGCCUUCAGUGAGGAGAUUGUAACAUCAGCAAUUACUACAGUGGUUCAGAAUACUCUGUGCGCCCUGCUUUCUAACCCGCUGACAGGAAACCAGUCUGAGAGCUCAGAAUUCCUUUCUACUGAAUCACAGCAGGCCCUCUCCCGGGCAGGAUCGAUGGAAUUGGACCUGAGAGAAGUAGAAUCUCAUGACGAAGUGGAUGAUUUUGAGGUGCUGGACCAGGGGGAGUUGGAUCACAUGGACACAGAGCUUGGUCUAAAUGAACAGCUGCAGCAGGUGCAUAAAGGACACAGUACAUCACAGGUUACGGAAGCUGAGCUGCUAAGGGAGAGCUAGUGGCAGCAGCUAGCCUGUGGUUUACUGGGUUAGUUAGAAAAACCUGAUACGACCCUUAUUGUGUGGCAUUGCACCUCCCCCAAUUCAUACCUAGUCCCUCAAUAUGUGUUGUACUGCCAUCUGCCAAACCCUUUUCCUCAGGCACAAUGCUGCUGCAUCUCAGUCCCUGGUCCAAACAGCCCGUUCCAUGGGUAGGCAAUCCUACGUAUAUGCCCGUCUUCAUUACAUGAACAACAAUGUUAACGUAGUACUGAGCACAUUAAAAUUAUUAACUAGA